CGAUGUCGUCUGAAAGCUUCAUAGUACGUCUAUUCGGUUUGCUUGAUGCGUCGCGUCGGUAAACCAAUCGGAAGAACGUUCUCUCAGUUUCGUUCUCUCUCCUGAUGAACGGCAAUCUAAGCACUCCCGCGCUCGGUUUGGAUCAUCUUUAACUAGUUCCAAUCGCCAGAGAACCACAAAGCAGCGUAACAUCGAGACGGAAUCAUCAAUCUUUGCGUAAGCUAAGGUUCCUGCAGACUGUGAUGAUUUGAAGUGCUAAAAUUUAUUUGCUUGUGCGUCGAAAACCAAUAUGGAUCCAAAUGGUUUCAUUGAUGAGAAGGCUGAAAGCAGACUUUAUAUUGGUAACCUGGACUUGAGAAUAACAGAGGCUGCUCUGAUAAAGAUGUUUUCUCCGUAUGGCAAGAUUGUAUCUGAAGACUUCUUAUGGCAUACUCGUGGUCCAAAACGUGGAGAACCACGGGGCUUUGCAUUUAUCCAGUUUAGCACGAAAGAGGAAGCUAAAUUGGCCAAGGAGAAGAUGCAUGGGAAAUUGGCCUGUGGCCGCCCUUUGGUCGUUCGCCUUGCGAGUGAGAAAUGCAUGGAGGAAGUGGCACAAAAUUCUUCUAGAGCAGUAGGUGAGAUGAACAAGACAGGUAUUGUUGGUGGCACUUCAGGGCAGAUGAGUCGAAGUGCCAAGAUAGCUGCAAUAAAGAACAAAUUGAGAGCGUUGGAAGAAGAGGGCUCCAGUGUGAAGAAGCAGAAGCAAGCCGACAGCAUCUCUUGUAAUGAUAGUCAUGACCUUUCAUCUAGCGAAAAAUGAUGAAUAAAGAUGUUGAAAAAAGAAUAUGGUUAUCUUUCAAGUAUGUUCAGGUUCCAUUAGUUUGAGCACAAUUUGAUGUGCCUACUUUAGGGAGGGGGUGCAGAGAUGAAUAUAUUAACUUCAAUGAUCAUUCUUUAGCCUGAAUUUCCUUGCCUCUGCUGCGUUCCUUAUCGUAAUUGACUUGUAACAAUAGCCCCUGAUGAUGAAAAUUGAAUUGAGGAUUUGGGAUUUCA